CCACACUCAUACAGGAAGAAUAGGCAGAGCAGUCAGUCUGCUAGCUCGGCACGCACCCACAGAAAUUUGACGGUGAUUAAAGACCUAAUCAGUGCUUGUCCAAUUUAGCAGGAAUGGCAGAGUUGGCAAGUCUGGUGCAGCGGCUGGAGGCGGCUGUGGGUCGUCUGGAGGCCGUGUCGGGCGAUGGAGGUGGCUCUGCUGGAGGCUCUGGAGUCGUGGCAGCUUACGUGGAGGCCUAUGAUGGCAUCGUCACCGGAGCAGUUGCCCAGUACAUGACCCUCAGCCAGCAGAUAGGGGGCGAUGUCCAGAAGCAUGCGGACAUGAUGAAGCAGGCGUUCUCCUGUCAGAGACAGCUCCUGGUCACCUCCUCCUGCUCCCAGAAGCCCACUGAUGCAUCCUUGACUACUCUCCUGGCCCCCGUCUCCAAAGUGAUCCAGCAGGUGCAGACGUUCCGCGAGCAGAACCGCUCCUCGCCCCUCUUCAACCACCUCUCGGCCGUCAGCGAGAGCGUGCCUGCCCUCGGCUGGGUCGCCAUGGCUCCUAAGCCAGGUCCCUAUGUGAAGGAGAUGCAGGAUGCUGCCCAGUUCUACACCAACCGUGUGCUCAAGGACUACAAGGAGAAGGACCAGAAGCAUGUGGACUGGGUGAAGGCCUACCUGUCUAUCUGGACUGAGCUUCAGAACUACAUCAAACAGCACCACACCACCGGACUGACCUGGAGCAAGAGUGGUCCAGUAGCCUCUGCCUCUGCAGCUCCCCCUCCCCGUGCCGGUGGUGGUCCUCCUCCCCCCGGCCCUCCUCCCCCUCCUAUGGACUUCAGCGGGUCGUCUGGCAGCGGCGGAGACCAGGGACCCGACACGCGUAACACCCUCUUCGCUUCCCUCAACAAGGGAGCUGACAUCACCAAGGGCCUGAAGCACGUGUCCAAAGACCAGAUGACUCACAAGAACCCCAACCUGAGGACCCAGACCAGUUCUGUGCGCACAGGGCCCAAGCCCUUCACCUCUUCCAAGCCAGCCGCCACUGCCGCCCCCUCUCGCAAGCUGCCCCCCGUUCUGGAGCUUGACGGCAAAAAGUGGAAAGUGGAAAACCAGGAGGGUGCCCAGGGCCUGGUGAUCAGCGACACAGAGCUCAAGCAGGUGGUCUACGCCUUCAAGUGUAACAACAGCACCCUGCAGAUCAAGGGCAAGAUAAACUCCAUCACUUUAGACAACUGUAAGAAACUGGGCCUGGUCUUUGAUGACGUUGUGGGCAUUAUAGAGGUUAUCAACUGCAGGGACGUCAAGGUCCAGGUCUUGGGCAAGGUGCCCACCAUCUCCAUCAACAAGACGGACGGUUGCCACGUGUACCUGAGCAAAGAUUCGCUGGAGUGUGAGAUCGUCAGCGCCAAGAGCUCAGAGAUGAACGUGCUGGUACCUGGUAAAGACGGAGACUAUACUGAGAUCCCUGUUCCUGAGCAGUUCAAGACUGUCUGGGAUGGCAAGAAGCUUGUCACCACUUGUACAGAGAUCGCUGGAUAGAGGGGCAGUGCUCGAAACCGCCUCCCCUUUGCAAAUGCCUACCUGACUGAUCGACCGACCAACCAGCUAACCAAACCACAAAGUAGACUGAGAUGCCAACCUCACCCAUAUUUUUCCUAUCUGCCAAUCGCAGCUUUAGCUGUUUAUUCCUUCAGCCAAUGAGAGGACUGCUUGCUUUAUCUGGAGCUUUCCUUCAGCCAAUUGCAGGGAGCAGCGUGUUAUUCGAUUUGGUUAUCCUCAUGGCCAGUGAGCGCAUUCAAAUGAGUUUGCCAACAACCAGGAUAAUUUCUGAUUUGAUCUGUACAUUCCAGCAAAUGAUAAAUAAACAUAAUAGGGAACGUGAGGGAGCAAGGCUUUUUAUCACACCUUCUCUGGUUUUAAAUCCUAAGCCAAUCAGGCUAUGUUUCCUUCAACCAAUCAUUAAUAGGGUUUCCAUUUCCCCUCUGGUCAGGGGGGGGCAGGUGUUUAGGGGUCCAAGGUUUCAGUUUCAUUUAUGCAAUUCAGCCGUGAAGCACAUGUACAACCAACCCCUCUUUACAGACGACAAUGCUAUCACUUCUGACUUUGACGAUGUUAUUAACAUUUCAUAGGGAUUGAUUAACUAUAACACAUUUGUCAUCGCUCUUAAAUCGGUGAAAUGACAAGUUACGUGCAGGAUCACUGUCUUAAAAAAAAAAAAUACCACUGAAUCAAAAUGAUGAAAAAAAUAUUGAAAUAUAAGUUUUAUUCCCAAGACACAUGGCACAUUCCCUUUAGCAUUGAAAAUGAACAUUCCAUAUUAUUGAGACAUAUGGAGGUGAACGGUGGCAAAGAGGGAGAAUGAUAUGGAAGUAUGUGGUGAGUGACUUCACUUUGGCACAAACUGGAAGUGAAAGUGGUUCUUGAGAUAGACGAGGCGUUAACGUACUCUUGAAGAAUCAUUAAUGGCUAAGUUUGGGGUUGCCUCUCUUAAGCUCUGAAUGAUUAUUGGACUGUUGUAAUGAUCUGUAUAGACAUUGCUUUUUAAUGCUAGAGUUGUCUUAACCCCACUGUCUCCAUCACCUUCACAUCAACCCACCUAUCCACUCUUGUCUCUAGUCUACUACAUCUGUGGUUAUCCUGUUGUAGUUGUCAUGCUCUGUGGAGUUUCUUUUACCUCUUUAUUUAGGUCAAGAAUCAACAUUUUGCUCAUUAGUACUGGAGGAAGACAAAAGUUGCAAUAAAAUAAUUAUAAGAA